AUGGACGUUAGUACUUGGUGUAGAACUCGAUAUUCGUCUUCGCUUCAAUAUUCUGAUACAAUUGUUUUAUUCAUUCAUCUGAUUGGUCCAUUUCUUGCGAAUCUUUGUUCUGCAUUAUUUAUUAUAUGUGGAUCUACUCGACAACGGUCAAAAAUUCGAGAAAAUAACACUUGUCGAACUCAUAUUUAUAAACAACUUCAUGAACAUAAACAAUUAUUAAUUGGUCCCAUUAUUUUACCAUUCCUAUCAUUACCUCAUGUUAUUAUCUUAUUAUCAUCUGAAUGUGUCAAUACUAAUCGAUAUAAAUGGUUACUUCUCUUCAGUUAUUUCAUUUCGUUCACGCCGUCAGCGCUUAUCUUUGUUAUUUUUGUCUUACCAUCGGAUUUAUACAAGAAAUCGUUUGAAAAGUCAUAG